UAUACACUAUACAGACAAAGUUCUGAUUUUUACCCGAUUUAUUGCCUUUUUCUAUUCUGCUGUGAAUAAACCAAUUUUUCAUUUUUGUUUUUUUUAUGGCUUCCCCGAUGACUAAAGAAAGAAGCUCCUUUAUGCUCCAAACGAAAUCUUCAGGCAUGUCAAGCCCAUCACAGAGAAGAUGCUCAGUUGCCCAAGUCAUCCUUAGAGUCUUAGCCGUUGCUUUCACCGCGGCUGCAAUCUCCGUGACGGUCACCAGCGGUCAAUCCGUCGUGAUACUUGGCUUCACGUUCAAAGCCCGCUAUUCCUACUCAUCUGCCAUGAGGUUCUUGCUUGGUGUUGAUGCCGUGGUGUGCGCGUUCUCGGCAUUGUCUUUGAUCUUUGUUUACCUUCUUCUGAACCGCUCGGGGUCACACCUCACAAACUAUUUCUACCUAUUUUUGCAUGAUAUGGUGAUGACGGUUUUGAUGAUAUCUGGAUGUGCCGCGGCAACUGCGGUUGGUUACAUUGGUCGUUAUGGAGAAGACCGGAUAGGUUGGGGAGCAGUGUGUGGACGUAUUGGCAAGUUUUGCAACAGAAAUUUGGUAUCUUUGGUUUUAUCUUAUUUGACUUUCUUGGCGUAUUUGGCACUUACAAUUAUUUCUGCUAGCAAACUCAUGUCUAGAGCUACGGAGUGAAAUCACCAGAAGCAAACAGAGACUUUAAAAUACUGGGAAGUUUGAGAAUGAUAUAGUUAUAAAGGCCAAGUGCGGGCUACAUAAUUAAUGGAGGAAAAAGGCUAUUUUUCUUUGUCUGUCUUUUUAUGUUUUAAGAAAUGAAAGAACUACUGUAGUUCAACUACAAUGUUUGGAGUUU